AUGUCAGAUCCUGUGUUUUGCGACGGGAUGAAACACCUAAUUGAGAGCUUCUUUGGCACCUACCCUGAGUACUACAGUUUUGGCGACAAAGGGGCUCCAGAUAGUCUUUGUCUGGAUAUCAAGGUCCCCAAGAUUCUGCCUAUGAGGGAGCUUUUAGUCAAGAUCAAGGCCAAGAGUAUUUCACAGUCUCAGAAAGGCUCUGGAAAUGCUGACAACAACAGCAGCAGUAGCAUAGUCACCAGGAGCAGGUGGCCUGACGGAGCCAAGACCAAGAAUGGCGAAAAAGUGGCCGAAUCCGAGUGUACAGCGACACCCGAGACUUUGCUCAAGUCCAAGCCCAAGGCCAAGCGUGUGCGCAAGAAUUCAUCUAGGGCGCACUUUACAGAACCGUCCAGGCAGCAUCAGCGGUCGGCACUCUCGGUGACCAUAGAUAGUGGAGCAGUAAAGGCAAGUCAUAGCGCUGCCACAGUCGGCCCAUCGUCCAGCUCGCCGACAAUCCAAAGGCCCCAUUACGCACAACAGGCCGCACACUCAACAGACGCUUCAACCUUCGAGGGCUUGCGCCACGCGUCUUUUGCCGAGGCCGACCCCAAGGGGUGCGUGCCGGUCCACCGGUCGGUGCUUCGUUUGUUUAGGAGAAAGCAGCAGGACCACCACCGCACAAGCUCAAGCGUGUCGCAUAUGGAGGCCUCUGGAUUGCGCGCCAGCGCCAGUGCAGGCACUGAGAUGAGCGACAGCACCAGCAGUACAAUGGACUUUGGCGGAUACAUGCGCUCAAAGAGGAUUAAUCGGGCAAUAACCACGCUCAGCGCCCAGCGUACACGCAGCGAAUUGGCCAUUGCUGGCCCGCCUCCGCUAGUAGCCGCGAGGUCAGAUCAGAACGUGUAUGCGCGGAACCCGCGUCCACAAUUGCCGCCGAGCUCCAUAUCAACCCCCGCAUUGGCGACGGCAUCCGGUAGCUCAACCAGACUGCAUGUCUCACAGACCAAUCCACGGUCGCAAAAGGCGUACAAGGGAACAAUAGUGCCGUUGAGAUCGACAUCGGCUUUAAAGGUUGUAAUUCCGGCUGUCGAUGGGUUGGUUGAAGAAAUCUCCGAAUCCAUGGCUGCUUGCGAUGUCGAUGACAUCACCGAUGCUGCGAACACGGGUUCUGGCGCAAGCACGGAUAUGGCCAAUGUUUCCCGGAUAGCAGAAUCCACGCCAAGCUCAAUAAAGCCAUUCAAACUGGCCGCACUCCCUGGAUCGAGGCUGUCCCAGAUGUCGCGGUCGCCGCGCAAGUCCAUAUCGUCGAUAAACAUCAAACAGGUGCUCUACAAUAAUCAGGAAUCCGACGUCGACCAGCACACUGUGUCCGACGACGAGGUGCUGGCAAACACCAACUCGGAGGUCGCUGUGCAUGUGCUGCCCGAUGACAGCAGCGAUUGGAACUCAGACUUUAGCUCCCCGACAUCAUGGCGCCGCUCAUCCGAUCGGCCCAUGUCUCGGCGGUCGCCCUACCGCCUUACCGCUGGCAGUCGGCUCAAGGACCGCGCUAUUGACCGCAGCGUGCUCGAUGCCCAGCAUAAGGUCUUGCAGCAGGAGAAGUACCUCUUGCAGAUCAGCAACCUCAGCACGCCCUGGCAAAGCUGCCUGCCCGAUCGCGGCAUUCGCAUUGGGACGUCAGCUUUUGUCAGUGCCAUUCGCGAGCCGUGUGGGUCGAUCGAGCCCUCUGUCGAAGAGGAGCGGCUGUGGGAGCUCUGGCGCCAGGCCGAGGCGCUGCUAACCAUCAUGGACAACGACAAUGUGCCCAUGAACAAUGUCGAAAGCAGGCUGACGCUGAGCAAGAAGCGUGCCAUCAUGCUGGCAUUCAGCGACUGGGAGCAAUACUCGCUCUACGUGCAGGACGCCUGGGACAAGGCCCGCAAGGGCAUCGAUCAGUCAGAUGACGAGCAUGAUAGGCGGCAUAGCUUCAGUAACGACAUGCCCAGCGAGGACCCCGGGGCUGCAGACAUGCAGGGUCAUGUGGCCGGCGGGUUCUCACCAACCAGCCCGCGGGCGAUGAUGAGGUUCUCACUGUCGAAGCAGCGCAGAUGCCGGCGGCAAUCAGUGGUUGGCGCCGCGCCAGCCAGCCUCCAGCGCAUUGCUGACGAGGCGACUUCCAUCAGGGAGGAGUGCGAGAAGCUGCUCGCACUGAUGUCUCCGUUGUACCGUGAUGGCCGGCUCAGCGCGAGGAGCACAAUGACGGCGACCAGCCCUGCCGCUGCCACCGUUGUUGCGGCAGAGUUGCAGCCGACAGCAAUGCCCACUCCGCCUUUGAUGAGUGGCAGCUUCAGCUUUAGGUCCAGUCUCAGCUUCGACAGCAACAAUCCCCGCCCCUCGAGCAUGUUGAUCGAUGAGGCCCACCUAACCACCUUUUAA